AUGAAACCUAAGACGCUCAUAAGUUUUGGCGGUGUUUACAAGGGACUUACACCCACCAUUCUCAAGCAGGGCUCGAAUCAAGCGAUACGCUUCUUCGUAAUGGAAUCGCUGAAGGAUCUCUAUAAGGGUGAAGAUCCGAAUAAGCAUGUGCCUAAGCUAGUAGUGGGUGCUUUCGGUGCGGUAGCUGGUGCGGCCUCAGUGUUCGGCAAUACACCACUUGAUGUGGUGAAGACACGCAUGCAGGGUCUAGAGGCAGCCAAGUAUAAGAACACAGCGGAUUGUGCUUUGCAGAUUUGGCGUAAUGAAGGUGUGACAGCAUUUUACAAGGGCACAGUGCCGCGUCUAGGUCGUGUUUGCCUGGAUGUAGCCAUUACCUUCAUGAUCUAUGAUUCGUUCAUGGACCUAUUCAACAAAGUUUGGAAAGCAUAGACAAGGAAAUAUGAGUAAUACCUGCGAUGCGAAUAGAAGUGCAUAGUUGAUCUAAAAUAUAGGAAUGAAACCCAAUACGCUCAUAAGUGUGUCAAUAUGUAGUUAUGCAUGCACAUAAUAACAUGCAUUUACAUAUUUGUAUGUCUUAAUUUACAGUUGUAAAUAUACAUAUAAACAAGUAAGAACAUAAAUGUAAAGUAGCAACAUUUGCGGUGUAGCAUUACAACAACGCUAGUUAGUUACAGAUUUAAAAGACAAAGUGCAGAAAUAACCACCUAGUCAAUUGAUCCAGCUAAUGUAUGUACAAAAAAUUAUAUAUACAUACAUGUAAAUUACUGCAAUGUAUGGGGUCUCGCAAUUAAACAAAUAGCCUUUAGUGUGAAACAUGGCCAAACUUAGAUACAUAUGUAUGCACAUAUUUACUUACAUAAAUAGUCCAUGAACGGAGAUCAAUUUAAAAAAUAAAACAAACGAAUUUUUUCUACCGUAGCAGAAAUAUUUUUAUCGCAUUUAUUGUUCCUUCGUGCGCCCAUCUUCAUAAAUGAAAACAUAUUUACAAACAUAAAGAAGCAUGAAAACACUUACUUACAAAUAUUUGGUUACUCAAUGCACUCUUGUAUUUUUUAGAGAUCUAUACAUACACAUAUUAGUGUACAGUUGUAUGCAUUUGUAUAUCAAAAAUAUUUACAUAAUGUAAAUUUCAUUA